CAGGUUUUCACCCCUGCUUGGUACGGGGGCACGGGUCCAGGCUGCUCUAUUUCACGGCGAACGCAGUCUGAGAGCUGAGUGACGAAGACUGACUCCGGCCAGUUGCGAUCAUCGAGGGCAAAGUAUCUAUUUGCCUCGUUACCCGCGUACUAUGGUGACCAACGGCGAACACACACCUGCUGAGGAUGAAGUGCAGCAGGAGGUGCAAGGCGAGGAGCAAGCGCAGGAAGAAGAAGUGAAUGCAGAGGAGGAGGACUUGGCUGUUCCCAACGGGGAAGGUGGUGGAGAGACUGAAUCGGAGGCGGUUGGGACCAAACGCCCACGAGAGGAAGAGGAUGAAGCGAAAGAGGGGGAGCAUGCGGAAGAGGCGACAGCAGAGACAGAAUCCACCGGAAAAGUAGAAGAAGAUCAUGCAGUCGUUGGACAACCGAGUAAGAAACAGGCGACCACCGAGGCCCGAGAGUCGAGCGCGGAAACCAACGCCGCCUUUGCCGAAGCCAAUCAACACCAGGAGGUGAUGGACGUGGCCAAGGACGUGGUGGGUCGUAUCAUUGGGAAAGGGGGAGAAACGAUCCGAGACAUCCAAACGCGGAGUGGCUGCCAGUGCGUGAUCGAUCAAAGCGUCCCCGACGGAGAGCCCCGGAAAUUAACCAUCGUGGGCAAGCCCGAGCACGUAAAGAACGCGCGGGCCAUGAUCGAAGGCGUGAUGGAGGGGGGCCCUUCCGUGCUGGCGGAUUUUCCGGAAGUGGCGGGCAAUUCCAAGGCGACAGUGGACUGCCCGCGGGGCCUGGUGGGACGAUUGAUCGGGAAGGGGGGAGACAUCGUCAGGGAGAUCCAGUACAAGAGCAAGGCAGUCAUCCAGAUCAAUCAGUCCCUCCCGCAGGACCAGCCCUGCAAGGUGACCAUCACGGGGGCACCCAAAGCCGUGCAAAGUGGUAAGACAUUCUUUUUGCCUUCUCCUCGUCUCCUCUCCCUCCCCUUCCUCCCUCCCUCCCUCCCUCCCUCCCUCCCUCCCCGAUCCUAGCACGUGAGAUCAUCAUAGCCAUCAUGGAGCAGGGCGUUCAGGCCCUCCAUCAGUAUUCUGCGGGCGGGGGCUCCAGCCACGCAGGCGGCGGCUUUCCCAGCGGAGGAAGCGGGGGAGGACGGGGAAGAGGCGGGGGAGGCGCGCGCCUGUACCCCGUCCCUGUAGAUGCGAGCACAUGGGCAGUGGAGGUGCCCAAGAGCCAGGUGGGAAAGGUGAUCGGUCGGGGGGGUGAGAUCGUCGGGCUUAUCCAGGACAAGAGCGGGUGCCGGUUGCAGAUCUCGCAGGACGUUCCGGAAGGCCGGCCUUGCCGCGUCUCGAUCAUGGGGGGAACGGAGGGGGCGGCGGACUACGUCUGUGAGAUGAUCGAGGCCAUCAUGGA